AUGAUUGGGCUGGAGAGCCCUUGAGAAAGACCAAAGGCUGUGUUCACAGGAUGCUUAGGCACUGGACAGAGAGGGCUUCCAGAUGACAUUACUUGAUGCCUAGAUUAUGGCAGAGGGUCUGAUGCUUCCUCAGCCCUUCAUUGCUCCACCCACUCCUUAGAUGAUAGUUAUGUGUCCUGGACCUAGAGAGGCCCCUGGACUCACCACUGUCCCAGCUGUACUCUCCCUGUCCCGCCUUCCCCACCGCCCUCCCCACUGGCCAGUCCCCACGCCCACACACCCGAGGCUGCCUCAUCUGGCACUGAUUAUCCCUGCUGCUGCCGCUGCUGCUGCUGCCGCUGCCGCUGCUAAACUCAGCUGCUGCCUCUGUCUCGAGGACCCCAGCGCCUCUCCCCUCAGCCAUGCUGUCUGCUGCCACAACCUCCCUCUUGGGGCCCCUCCUCACUGUCUGGGCCCUGCUGCCUUUCACCCAGGGUCAGAGCCCCAACUAUACCAGACCCGUGUUCCUGUGUGGAGGGGAUGUGACUGGGGAGUCAGGUUACGUGGCAAGUGAGGGUUUUCCCAACCUCUACCCCCCCAGUAAGGAGUGCAUCUGGACAAUAACGGUCCCUGAAGGCCAGACUGUAUCCCUCUCUUUUCGAGUCUUCGACCUGGAGCUGCACCCUGCCUGUCGUUAUGAUGCUCUGGAGGUCUUUGCCGGGUCUGGAACCUCGGGCCGGCGUCUCGGACGCUUCUGCGGGACCUUCCGGCCCGCACCCUUAGUCGCCCCUGGCAACCAGGUGACCCUGAGGAUGACAGCUGAUGAGGGCACAGGAGGACGAGGGUUCCUGCUCUGGUACAGCGGGCGGGCCACCUCAGGCACUGAGCACCAGUUUUGCGGGGGUCGGCUGGAGAAGGCCCAGGGAACUCUGACUACGCCCAACUGGCCCGAGUCCGAUUACCCCCCAGGCAUCAGCUGUUCCUGGCACAUCAUCGCGCCCCCAGACCAGGUAAUCUUGCUGACCUUUGGGAAGUUUGAUCUGGAGCCCGAUACCUACUGCCGCUAUGACUCUGUCAGUGUGUUCAACGGACCUGUGAGCAACGACGCCAAGAGGCAGGGGAAGUUCUGCGGUGACACAGUCCCAGGUCCCAUCUUCUCCGAAGGAAACGAACUCCUCGUCCAAUUCGUCUCGGACCUCAGUGUCACAGCUGAUGGCUUCUCAGCCUCCUACAGGACCCUGUCACAGAGCGCCGCUAAAGAAGGGGCUGGAAAGAAUGCCCAGCCAGGUCCCCCACUCCUUGGCCCUGGCCCCAAGGCCGGAGCCCCACCCAAAGUCAAGCCUGAGCCCCCACCUACUGAGAAAUCAAAAGACUCACUUGAGGCUGAGGCCACCCGGAUGGGCCCUGAUGUACCCAGUGUCACCUGCCCAAAGCAGUGCCGGCGGACAGGCACCCUGCAGAGCAACUUCUGUACCAGCAACCUGGUGGUAACCGCAACAGUGAAGUCCAUGGUUAGGGGCCCAGGGGAGGGGCUAACUGUCACUGUCAAUCUCAUUGGUGCUUACAAAACUGGAGGCCUGGACCUGCCCUCUCCACCCACUGACACCUCCCUGAAGUUUUACGUGCCCUGCAAGCAGUGCCCCCCCAUGAAGAAAGGAACCAGUUAUCUGCUAAUGGGCCAGGUAGAAGAGAACGGAGGUCCCACCCUUCCUCCGGAGAGCUUUGUGGUUCUCUACCGGCCCAACCAGGACCAGAUCCUCACCAACCUCAGCAAAAGAAAGUGCCCCUCCCAGCCUGUUUUGGCUGCUGGGUUGCAGGCCUAAGACCUAAACCAGUCUCUAGCCCCUGGCCCUAGGAACCCACCUUUUAUCCAAAUAAAUGUUCCUUAACUAAGAAGGGGUCAUAUCUCCAUUUCCAUGGUUUUGGUGUCCAUCUUGGGGAUUUCUUUUCAUUCAUUCAUUAAACUCAACAGACAUUUACUAUACAGAAGAAUAUUUUAAGAGUGCAAGUCAGAUUUUGUCACCCCUUUGCUCAAAACUCUCCUGUAUUCUCAACACAUACACACACACAAUGGCAACUAUUUAGAGGUGAUGGAUAUGUUAAUGAACUUGACUGUGCUGAUUUUUCACGAUGUAUACAAUACCAAAACAUCAAGUUGUAGACCUUAAAUAUAUACAAUUUUUUAUGUCAAAGAUAUCUCAAAACUGUUAAAAAGAAAAAUUUAAAACUC